GGAAAAGCCCCCUUACGACUGGGAAGAACGCCUCGCUCUCCGCUCUGCAUGCCCUCCCCUUCCAGACCACCACCCUUUGGACGCCCUCAGCAACAUGGAUUCAGGGAGAACCCCAUCUGCAAGGACUCUCGGUCUCUAUCCCCCCGCCCUGCGAGACCUUCCCGGGAGCGAGGAGGAGGGAGAGUGAUGGGAUAGCCGAACCACCUGUCCACUCAGAACCGCAUUCUGAGUUUAAGGUAAAAUUUGUAGCUCAUGCUGAUGAUGUUACAUUACUGUUAUUGAAUGAAAAUGAAAUCCCUGUAAUACUAAACCUCUUCUAGGAAUAUGGCAAGAUCUCGGGCUCAGAAUUAAAUGCUGACAAAAGCAUAUUUGUUAAAAUGGACCCCGGACGCCAGCAACUCUCGUGCCUACCCAUCUCUGAAUGUAAAAGCGAAGGGGCCCCAGAGUCCAAACUGAAGUGGGUAGAUACAGUAAACAUUUUGGGGAUUGAAUAUGGGAUUAAGGAAAAAGCCUGGGGGGGAAAUUGGACAGAUUGGGAAGAAAAAGUAAUGCUUAAAAUCACCAUGUGGAAAAAAUGGAGCCUCGCCAUGUACCAGAAAGCGGUUUACAUCCAGACUUACCUGAUACCCCCGGUGCAUAACCUGGCGGUAGUCUAUCCUCCCCCGCUCGAUCUCCUUCGGAGAGUUGAAAGCCAGAUCUUCCGUCUAGUAUGGCACACAGCGUCCUUCCCUUUGGCCCGUGCGGUAGCAUUUAAGGAGGUUGAGUGGAGAGGCCUAGCCCUACCUGCCCUGCAACCCUAUUUUGUAACUGAAUUCAUGUCCUACAGUUUUGGAAACUGGAUUUUCGUGAAUGUCCAUGAUAUGUCCAACCUCCUGCAAAAAACCUGGGUCUCGCUUUUCGCUCUGCGUUGGCGCAAGUCAGCAUGGGGCAUAGCAUGGUGGGGGAAAGGAUCUUUCAAUGGCAAUAUCACACAAGUAUUAAAAAGAGAACACCCGGACUACUUGAGAGAUUUGUUAUUCACACUUAAAAAAUGGAAGGUUGAACUGGAUCUAUUUAAAGGAUCCUCCUCAAUUAAGCAGCUAAGGAAAACAAUUUAUGGAGAGAUUCUAGAAGUGGGUUUCUUAAAACCUGAUUUAGAACGUAAACGCUACAAACACCGCACCUCACAGUACUUGUUGCAACCUGAUCACCCCAUCGCUCUCUUUAAAGAGAAAAAAGUCCCUUUCCAUUUAUGGGAAACAAGGUGGCGCUUAUACCAUCAAGUACUACCACUUAAUGCGGCUAAGCCAUGGCUCCCAGAGGACCAGCAAGAGUAUCCUAAAAUCACCUGCAAACAGAAAGCUAGUGAGCUAGGCAAAACAUUCAGGGAAACCCACUCACAUUUCUUAAAAGAGUGUGUGGUAGCCAAAAGAGUGUGGCAGGGAGUAAGCAAGCUGUUAGAGUGGCCUGAUUUGGAAAAACAGACUUGGGAAGAACUAACAUCGGGUUUGAGCGAUAGAAACUCCUUUCGAGGUCCCAGAAAGAAACCUUCAAGGAAACGGGACGGAACGGGUGCCCCCAUACGAGGGAAUUGGAACGUUCCCCUUCUCGUAAUCAGGUUAGUAAACUUGUAUGUCAUUUAUGCAAUGCUCCUGCAUAGGAAUAGGGAGGGAAGACGCGACCAAGAGGUUCACGCAGAUGAGACAGUAAAUCUAUUCUGGAAAAGUUUGUAUGGUUAUGUGCAAAAAGACAAGAGUAUCUCUUCUAAACAGAAAUGGGACAAAUUGUGGAAAUGGACGUCGGACGUAACCCCCCGAUUACCUGAUGUACCUUGUAAUUCCCCCACCCCCGUGUUACAGUACUACCUGCAUAUACUUCAUAACUUGUGUGUUUCCAAAUUCUUGUGUGUAAAUCUUUGUAGAUAUAUCAUGUACAAACAACCACUUUGUAUAUAAUUGUGCUUUGGCAACGUACUGUAUGCUUUGGUAGUUUGUUGGUUCAAUUAAAAAAAAUCUUGUCCUAUUUUUUUUUUAAAAAUCUUGACCUAUCUUGGAGAUGCCAGGGAAGGAACUUGGAGCCUAGCUGCUCUUCCCAGAGUGGCUCCAUCCCCUAAGGGGAAUAUCUUACAGUGGUCACACUUUUAGUCUCCCUUUCAUAUGCAACCACGGUGGAUCCUGCUUAGCUUAUGGGGACAAGUCAUGCUUGCUACCACAAGACCAGAUCUCUUCCCAUCUCAAGCCUCCCUGGCGGCAAAGUCUCCCUUCAGGGCCCCCACCACUCCCUACCAACCUUCUCAGGCGCCCUCAGGACCCGGCUCUCCCAGUCAAUCUCCUUGUGCAAGGGGUUGUAGAGGAAGGCCGGCCGGUUCACGCUACGGAAGAGCUCCUCCGGCCUGGGUAACGGAGGAGCUGCUGCAGCCGCUGCCGCCGCCACCUCCCCUCUUUCAUCUCAAGCCUCCCUGGUGGCAAAGUCUCCC